GACAACCUCCCUAGGAGAACAUGCCUCUCGCAAAAGAUUCCCUUCAUCCCUCCCCAGAAGAGGAAAAGAGGAAACACAAGAAAAAGUGCCUGGUGCAGAGCCCCAGUUCCUACUUUAUGGAUGUGAAAUGCCUGGGAUGCUGUAAAAUCAUCACAGUCUUUAGCCAUGCGCAAACGGUAGCCUUCUGUGUUGGAUGCUCCACUGUUCUCUGUCAGCCUACAGGCAGAAAAGCAAGGCUGACAGAAGGAUCCUACUUCAAGGGGAGGCAGCAGUGAGAGCCCCUGACUCAAGAUGAGUGGGAACCCACCAAUAAACACAUUUUGGAUAUAUAGUGUUUGUCUUGUUUAACUCGUAGGCUGUUGUGCCUCAAGUACUUCAGGGCAACCAGAAGAGUGGUCCUUUUGGGUCAAGAAGGCCUUGAAGAUUAAAGUCCAUUCAAAAAAUGAGAUUUAAGGGCUGGCAAGAUGAUUCAGCCAGCAGAGACUGUUGACAACAAUUAAGUCCCCAGAACCUACAUGGUGGAAGAAGAGAACAGACCCCUUCAAGGGGUCUCUGUCCUCCACACUUGUGCCAGGGCUCCCUUCCUUCCUA